AUGUCUUCAUUUGUGCCCUUUUUCCACCUGAAACAAAGGUCAUAUAAAUUGGUCCAAUUGCGAGGCAUCAUAGCCAAGACCGAUAACGAUAAGUACCAAAACCAAGUGGUAGCACAAGUGUGCAAACUCAAGGCCGACCUUCAGCCAAAGGAUCAGAUCAAGGACAGCGAGGAAGCUUACAAGGGCUACUUUGAGAUGCCUGCAAGCGAUGUGAAGGACAUCACUCGCAGGAUUAUCCAGGAGCUGGGACGUGACGAAGAGAUUCUGAAGAUAUUUUGUGUAAAAGGGUUCCUCGACCAAAACAAUCAUUGGACAUCAGCAAUAGCCUGUCCAGAUCUUACACAAACCCACCAUGCCACUCGCAGUAACAGGCCAAGUACCGAAGAUCUUAUGGCUAUUUUUUUGAAUCAUUUGGUAGAAGAGGUGCUAGCCUUACUUGGACCCUCUCAUAUCCAUCGAAAGUGGUCUGCCGAGUUUUGUCAGAGGGUCCUUCCAGGCUUGGCUGAAGAUCACAAACCUGACAUUAUCCUCGUAGAUUCAGACUUACCAGAAGAUUGGCGUAACCUCACUACUGUUGGCAAGAUGAAGAAGAGUAGCAUUGACAUCAAAAAUCCACUAUGGUUUGAUGAGGUGGCGAAAUGGGCAAAUACAAUGUACGCCAGUCAGGAUUCCCGUACUUUUGCCCUGGUCUUGCAAUUCCUUGGUGCCCAGUUUACCUUCGUGUUUUUUGAUCGUGGUGGAUCUGUUUGUCUUGAUGUAUUAGGGAUACAUGAAGAUAGUGAGGAAUACUUUAGGCUGGUAUUGUACUUAUCUUUGGCCCAUCCCAGUGUGUACAUGCAUAAAUCUAUGUGUUUUCCAAACAUGACAAUUGUUGGUACAGGUUUACUGGGAUUCAACCCCACAAUCGUCCAUGACCCUAAAAGUGACAGUCAUUUCAUCCAAACCAAACACCUUGGGAAGGUACCAAUCAAUAUGGUACUAUUCAUCAGCAACAACCUCAAUGGCCAUGGCACCAUUGUCCGUCAGGUCACAUUACCAAAAGAUCAGAUCAAUCAAGCAUUGAAAAACGGGCUGAACUGUGAGGCCUUGCAGAAAUGGCUGAAGGGCAUGGUGGACAUGGAGUCGAUUGUUGUCAAAGAUACUUGGUUGGAUCUCACAAUGCCUCAUACAGAAGGCAUGGCCCUGAACUAUCUACAGUUGAAAGGUGUUCAGGACGUAACUCGAUCACUCUUUGAGGGACUCAUGCUUUUCCCCCCUGCAUUUGUCCUGCCAGCACUUGCCUUGAAAUACAAGGAAGCCCAGGCUCUACCGUGGCAGAGCACCGUGCACAAUCGGCUUUCCUAG